CCUCAUUCCUCACUUCCAACCGCCAAAGGAAAAAACAAAAACUCCAACAAAAAAAAAAAAACUUCCCAAACCCUACCCGAGAGGUCUUCAAAUGGGUACGGAGGACUACACAUUCCCUCAAGGAGCGGAGGAGCUGCACCGCCACCACCACACGGUGGAGGCUCCACAGCCUCAGCCGUUCUUGAAGUCACUUCAGUACUCAGUGAAGGAAACUCUGUUUCCGGACGACCCUUUUAGACAAUUUAAGAACCAGACAGCAUCAAGAAAAGUUGUAUUAGGCCUCAAAUACUUCCUCCCGAUUUUCGAAUGGGCUCCACGCUAUAAUCUUAAGUUCUUCAAAUCAGAUCUCAUCGCCGGAAUCACCAUCGCUAGUCUCGCCAUCCCUCAGGGCAUCAGUUACGCCAAACUUGCUAACUUGCCCCCAAUUCUUGGCCUUUAUUCGAGUUUUGUACCGCCAUUGGUGUACGCGGUGCUAGGGAGUUCAAGGGAUUUAGCGGUGGGAACGGUUGCGGUUGCGUCUCUUUUGACAGGUGCCAUGCUGAGCAAAGAAGUCGAUGCUGAGAAAGAUCCUAAGCUUUACGUUCACCUUGCUUUUACAGCCACUUUUUUCGCCGGCGUUUUCGAAGCCUCUCUUGGAAUUUUCAGGUUAGGGUUCAUAGUGGACUUUCUAUCGCAUGCAACAAUAGUAGGAUUCAUGGGAGGAGCAGCGACGGUGGUGAGUCUGCAACAGCUUAAGGGUAUUUUCGGACUUAAACAUUUCACAGACGCCACUGAUGUUAUCUCCGUCAUGCGUUCCGUUUUCUCCCAAACUCACCAGUGGAGAUGGGAGAGUGGCGUUCUCGGCUGUGGUUUCCUUUUCUUUCUUCUCUCCACCAGAUAUUUCAGCACGAAGAAACCAAAAUUCUUUUGGGUGGCGGCGAUGGCUCCUUUGACCUCAGUGAUUCUUGGAAGUCUCUUGGUUUACUUCACUCACGCUGAGAGACAUGGUGUUCAAGUGAUAGGGAACUUGAAGAAAGGAUUGAAUCCACUCUCCGGUUCUGAUCUCAUCUUUACUUCGCCUUAUAUGUCGACAGCUGUCAAGACUGGUCUCAUCACUGGCAUCAUAGCUCUCGCUGAAGGAAUAGCUGUAGGGAGGAGUUUUGCGAUGUUCAAGAACUACAACAUAGACGGAAACAAAGAGAUGAUAGCGUUUGGAAUGAUGAACAUUGUUGGUUCCUUCACAUCUUGUUACCUCACAACGGGGCCAUUUUCAAGGUCGGCCGUGAACUACAACGCGGGUUGCAAGACGGCAAUGUCCAACAUAGUGAUGGCGAUUGCGGUUAUGUUCACACUCCUCUUCCUCACGCCCCUUUUUCACUAUACACCACUCGUCGUCCUCUCUGCCAUCAUCAUAGCCGCAAUGCUCGGACUCAUUGACUAUCAAGCUGCCAUCCAUCUAUGGAAAGUUGACAAGUUCGACUUCCUCGUCUGCAUGAGCGCCUACGUUGGGGUCGUGUUCGGCAGUGUAGAGAUUGGACUCAUUGUCGCAGUGGCGAUAUCGAUAGCGAGGUUGUUGCUGUUUGUGUCGAGGCCAAGAACCGCAGUGAAGGGGAACAUACCAAACAGCAUGAUCUAUAGGAACACUGAGCAGUACCCUUCCUCAAGAACUGUCCCUGGUAUUCUUAUCUUGGAGAUUGAUGCUCCCAUCUACUUUGCCAACGCCAGUUACUUGCGUGAAAGGAUCAUAAGGUGGAUUGAUGAAGAGGAAGAGAGAGUCAAACAAUCAGGAGAAAGCAGUUUACAAUAUAUUAUACUCGAUAUGUCAGCUGUUGGUAAUAUCGACACCAGCGGUAUAAGCAUGAUGGAGGAAAUAAAAAAAGUCAUCGACCGAAGAGCGUUAAAGUUGGUAUUGGCAAAUCCAAAAGGAGAGGUGGUGAAGAAAUUAACCAGAUCCAAAUUCAUCGGUGAUCAUUUGGGCAAAGAGUGGAUGUUCUUAACAGUAGGAGAAGCUGUGGAGGCUUGUAGCUACAUGCUUCACACGUUUAAAACCGAACCGGCUUCCAAAAACGAGCCUUGGAACAACGUAUAGUUCGUUAUUAACUAGUUCGAUGUGAACUAAAGUAUAAAAAAUGAAACUCAUUUUGUAAUAUUGAUGAUGAGUCACAUGCAAUAUAUAUGUACUCUUAUUGACUAUUGUAGUGAGUGUUCUGGAUGUUUAAGGAACUUGAAAGAAAUUGGUUCUGAAUUC